AUUCAAAGCGAGUCUGAGUGAAAAGAACGGGUCUCCUUUCUUUUUUCUAAACUUAUAUUAUUUUCAAACUGAAUGGGGCUAACAAAAAUAAUACACACUUUAAGGACGUGCAUUAGACUUGACCCAGAUUUUGUUAUCAUCGCUGCCCAACAGCUAUAGACAAGGCACAGUUUCUGAGGCCAUACUUCUCUAAAGAGAAUAGGUUAUCUACUGAAUGUCAUUGACCGGGACACUCUGACAUACUUAUAUACAACAGUGCAGUGCCCUAUUUUUAAUGAUUUUGUGUUGUGAAUAUCCCCGGAAUCUUAAUGCAGUCAGAAAGAAGAAAAGAUCCCCACUCCCUCAUUUUUGAUGCCAUCUUCUACGGAAAUAAGAACGAAGUACAACAGCUGAUUUCGGGAGGAGUGGAUAAACAUGUUGUCACACACCACCCCAUGCGGUGGGAGGGCGCAAGCGUGCUUGGCGCUGCAGCGAACGAAGGACAUAUGGAAAUUGUCAGAUAUUUAGUAGACAUUGGUACAUCAGUAAAUUUUAGCGACCCUUGUCAGGGACGGACGCCCCUACACUGGGCUUGUUUGGGGAACCAGUAUCAGGUAGCAGCGUACCUCAUCAAACACGGAGCUGACGUCAACCACGUGGAUAAAGAGCAGACGACACCUAUUCUGCGUGCUGCCUUUGCUAGAAACUGUGACAUGGUCAAACUUUUGAUUAAAAAUGGCGCAAGUGUCCUUCAGGUGGACUUGCUGCAUUGUUCUGCGCUCCACUACGCUUGCAUUCACGGUGAUAAAAAUCUAACUAGAACCCUCAUUCGAGCUGGUUGCAUUUCCAACAAUUUUGCCUUGGUUGGAAAAGGUACACCAUUACAAACUCUGACAAGUCAAAAUGACCUAGAUAAUGUUACAUUGUUAUUAGAGGCAGGGUACAACCUACAAAAUGAUCAGAGCUGGAUAAGAUCAGUUUCAAACCCAAAUUCAAACUCUUUACAUGAACGUAUUCUAAGCUGUACCAACAGUCCAAUGUGUCUGAGACAUCUCUGUAGAAAAACAAUUAGGAGUCAAAUGCAUGGUGUACAAGUGGAAGAGAAAUUAGAAAAACUUAAAUGCCCAUCAUUAUUGCAAAAGUUUCUUACACUUGAUAUUUUAUGAUUAAAACUUAACAAAUUU